CACUUUUCCCUUGCCUGUCCUUGUUCCUCCUCCUUAUUCUCGCACCAAACGCACCAUCCCCUGUCACCCGUCCAACUUUCCCUCCAGCCCUCUAAACGCACUUCGCGCACCAACCCUUCAGCCAUCGAUUCAUAAUCAUCUUCUCGAAUCAUUCACGACAAGAGCAACAACUCGAAGUUCUGAUUCCUAACGCCGCCAUCAUCUGAUGUCCAGGCUGGCCUCCCACCUAUCCAAUCACCUCUUUGAACGGUGUUGACAGCCUCAGACGCAACCCAAGAAGUCCCCAAGCCUCAAACCAAGCCACAGUCUACCCCGUUGAACUCGACUUCCCAAGCUCAUCCACCAAACCAUCUCUAAGACCCCUGUGGCCCUCGAGCCGAGGGUCGAGGUUCUACUCCCUCUCUACAUAUAAUUCUACAAUCCUAAAACCAUCAAAAUGCCAGCAGCGUACGCGGUACGAGAUGGCGGCGAUGCCAAGAGCAAGAAACAAUCAAUGGCAGACCUCAAACUGCGUCGACUUCAAGAGUUAAAUUCACGGCUGAAGGAAGACCUGGAAAGACCGAGAGUGAAAGUUGCUGAAGCUUCUAUGAGUCUGAUCAACUACUGCAAUCAAACGCGAGAUUAUAUGGUUCCCUCAGUUUGGGGGCAAGUCGACAGAAAGGAAGACCCUUAUAACCCUCAAAGCGGUGGAAGCGAAGGAUGCUGCACUGUCAUGUGAAGACCUGCGAGCUUGCCAGCUUCGCAAUCCUCCUAUUCAACCAAGGCUUCCAGACGAGAGAAGCAGAAGAUCAGCUUGGUGCUGACAACAAGCGCCCUAGCUCGAGACCUUGAUAUAUGUUUUCGAAAAAAAGCAUCUGGCGCAGAUGGCGUUGAUAGCGCACGCCGACAGAGGCGAUGGCGAGAAUGCAUGGGAAGGAUCACCAGCACUUUGCUUGUGCUUUGUCCAGGAGUGGGGAGCUUGAUUCUACGAAUUCGAUAAGAAAUAUCGCGAUAGGGUACUUUUGAUGGAUCAUGAAAGGCUUGAUAUCUAUACCUUUGUGCGAGACAAUCUGAGCAUCAACACGAUGAUCAUAUUGACAGGAUCGUAUCCUUUAAUGUGUGUUUGCCUCUAACAUUGCGCCGAUCUCUGGCGCCAUCCUGCUGGAACUGAAGCAGAUAUCCACACACAAGCUCAGAGCUCAUCUACAACACCGUUUGCAACUGCUCUGACGCCUUGAAAGCACAUGGGUUGCCGCUCGAUUUACCGAGGGCAUACAGAACUCGGGAGUCGACUGGCCCGGCUGCGAGCGCUACCAGUAAAAUUAAAGUAUGGCUUCCAGGGGCACCAAGCCCCAGCUUCCCUGGCUAAGGUCGCCCGAGAGAUUGCGACUUAUGGGCUUCGCUUAGGCAUGUCUGGCAUCCAACAGAAUCAGCACCCGGUGUGUCGGGACCCCUCUUUGCUAUUUUUGUCCAAGUUCGGGCCUCUAGCGGCCGCCGAGUCACCACCAUGAAGUGCAAGAGAAAUCAGCGUGACUUAAGGACCGAGAGAACCACACCGUCGCUUGGUGAGCAAGUAGAUAACAAAAUAGCCGACAGCAUCAGAGGAUAUGAAUCGUUUUAGCACUAUUGAUUCUACACCCAUAGCUAGGUUCCUCG